GUAACAAGCAUCCCUCCCACUUGCCGAAAAGAGGUUAUUACCUUUUUAACCGUAAAAACAGUUAGUUUAGCACAAAAUCUAAUUUUUUCAUAAUGAGAUUAUAGUUUGAUUGUGUUGUGUGUGAAGUGUACCUUGAAAAUCGCUAAAGAGUGGUUUGGGGAUCUGUGGAGUUGAUGUUUGGUGUAGUUUCGGUGACAGCUGGCAAAUAGGCGGUACCAGUUUGUAGUUUUGGUUAAAAACAGCCCCAUUGAUUAAACACCAACGAUGUUACGAUGAUUUCACGCCCCUUGUGACGAUCCCACUUGGCAAAAUGUCGAAGAACAACAUCAGCGGCUCCCGAAGCGUCUCCUCGACCAGUUGUAACAGCAUACAGUCCGACUUUGAAAUCAUCGAUAACGGCAUUGAAGAGCUAAAUUUGAGUAAAAGCAGGCCCUCGUCGACGUCGCGGACGCAGAAAGCGAAAAGAAUCCGAUUUUACCAUAACGGGAAUAAGUUUUUUAACGGAGUUGUCAUACCAGUGGCCCCCGAACGGUACAGGUCUUUUGACAGUCUGACGACCGAACUGACGAACAUUCUGACUAAGAAUGUUACUCUCCCCAGCGGUGUGCGCAACAUCUACUCAAUGGAAGGCAAAAAAGUUUGUAGUUUGGACGAUUUAGAGGACGGUAAGGAGUACGUCUGUAGUGGGAAAGGCGAGAUGUUCAAACGAAUCGAAUACACGAAAACCGACACUUUGCGAUCAAAAAAACUGUCCAAUACGAAAUUUAAUAACUCACUUACACACACUCCAAGAAUUAUACCUCCAGAUUGUGUUCGGCCUCGUAUAGUCACCAUUAUUAGAAACGGGAUUAAGCCCCGAAAGAUUAUCCGAUUAUUAAUAAACAAACGCAACGCCUCAAGUAUGGAACAAGCGCUGAGUGCUUUAACUGAAGCGGCUCAGCUUGACUCAGGCGCUGUUCGUAAAGUUUUUACACUGUCGGGUCAAGCAGUCACGAACUUGUCUCAGUUUUUCUCAUCUGAGGACGUUUUCUUCGUCUAUGGCAACGAAAGGUUUUCUCAGGACGAUUUCGAAUUGGAGUUCGAGGAAAGUAAAGCAAUACAACAAUAUAAGAAAACCCCCGGUCUUAAAAACGGUGCUGGUCCUAAACCCAAAAUGCCCAAAAAAGAACUGAACCGAACGUACGAAUCGUCGGAAAGUUUGUUACGUAAAUUAAGUGAAGACAAUAAUAUUAUUUUGCCGCUUUCGUUAAGGCAGAAGUAUACGGUUGGUAGAAUGAUUGGUGAUGGGAAUUUUGCGGUUGUGAGGUUGUGUAAAAGUGCAACGAGUGAUGAGGAGUUUGCCUUAAAAAUUAUUGAUAAGUCGAAAUGUAAAGGAAAAGAGGAUAUGAUUGAAAAUGAAGUCAAAAUCUUAAGAAGGGUUAACCACCCCAAUAUUAUGUCGUUGAUAGCAGAACAAGAUACCAAAACGAUGUUGUAUCUAGUGUGCGAGUAUGUCAAAGGUGGCGACCUCUUCGACGCUAUCACCGUUGCUCAAAAAUUCUCAGAGGAACAAGCCGCCCUUAUGAUAAACCACUUAGUAUCGGCUCUUGCAUAUUUACACAAUUUAAACAUCGUCCAUCGGGACGUCAAACCCGAAAAUUUACUCGUUGAAUUUGACGGCGAAAAUCGAAUAAAACUGUUAAAAUUGGGCGACUUUGGUCUGGCUUGCGAGGUGACAAGACCACUUUUCACCGUUUGUGGCACUCCCACCUAUGUGGCCCCCGAAAUACUCGCAGAGUCGGGCUAUGGCUUGAAGAUCGAUGUGUGGGCCGCCGGAGUGAUCCUCUACAUCCUCCUGUGCGGAUAUCCGCCGUUUGUCAGCCAGGACAACGACCAGGAGAAGCUCUUCGACUGCAUUCUUUCGGGUCAGUAUGACUUUCCGGAUGAGUAUUGGAAGGACGUGUCAGGGUUGGCUAAGGAGCUCAUUCAGAAUAUGCUGCAACUAGCGCCAGAGUUGCGGUUUUCGGCCGAAGAUGUCUUGGACCAUCCCUGGUUGAGUAUAGGGAGCGACGAAUAAUUUAUGUACAAAUCCAUCCUUUCACAUGUACCGAUUUUUUGCACGGUUGCAAUCCUUGUCCAGUUAUUUUGACGCAUAUCAUGCAUUUUUAUUAACCAAAGUUUUAUGCAAAAUUGUGAUCAUGGAAGCAUUUUUUGAAAAGGCUUGAAUAAAUCGUUUAUACCAAAGGUUCUUCUCAUUUUGUCACGUUUGGAAAAUUUUUGUUAUUGUUCCUAACCAUUUACUCAUAGAGAAGUAGAAGCCAUUAUUUAUAUUUAUUUUUUAGGCAAUAUAGUAAGGAGCCUAGCGAGUUUUGUACAUUUUUAAAUUAAUUGUCAGAUUUUAUAUUGCGCAGUUUAUUAACACUAUUUGCUGAAGUAUUAUUUAUUGAUAAUUUAAUUUUAUAGUACGUAGGGUGCAAGUAACAAGCAUUUAGUUAAACAAGUGUAUACUUUUUGUAGAUUAUAUUUUAAUGUAAAUAAAUAUUUCAGUAGUAA